GAUGUCUUCUCCCCUUUGUUUGCUAGCCUUGUCACUUGCUUUGGUGCUUCUCACCAAUCCCUCUCUGGCUGACUUCCCCAAGCCACCCUCUCAUGGCCAGAAACCCCCUGAACCAAUCGGAAAACCACCCAAGGGUGAGAAACCACCUCCGGAGCACAUGCCACCAUUUAAGCCCAUCGGCAAACCUCCCAAGGGUGAGAAGCCACCAACCGAGCCCAUCGGCAAACAACCCAAGGGUGAGAUCAAGCCACCAUCUAAGUCCAUCGGGAAACCACCCAAGGGUGAGAUCAAGCCACCAUUUAAGCCCAUUGGUAAACCACCCAAGGGCGAGAAGCCACCAACCGAGCCCAUCGGCAAGCCACCCAAGGGUGAGAAGCCACCGCCAAAGCACAUCGGCAAGCCACCCAAGGGCGAGAUGAAGCUGCAAUAUUCUGAGCACAUUGACGGACCAACCAAGGGCAAGGUUGAGAAGCCACCAACUGAGCCCAUUGGCAAACCACCCAAGGGCAAGGGUGAGAAACCGCCGGUAGAGCACAAGCCUCCGAAGGGAGAGAAGCCACCAACUCACGGCGGCCACCCUCCGCCGAUAAAAGUGGCGCCGGAAACUCCAGGAAAGAAGCCAUUUGGGCCCCACAAGCCACCCCACAAACCUCCAUUUUCACCUCCUCAUUCCAACUGAGGAUCAUCAUCAGUUUGCUGCUUAUUAGUUAACCACCUAGCCUUUAUGGGUACGGAUAUAAAUAAGAGCCAUUGCUAGCUAGAUGAUCCUUCAUCCUUCCAUCUCCUAUUUUGUUGGUUAUCUACCGUAUGAUCCAUCGCUAUAUAUAUAUAUAUCUAUAGUCUCCAUUGUUGUUA